AAUUUUUUGUCCAAUUAGAGCUGUAAGUUACUGCUUGAUCAGCAUAGUUUCAAUAUGAUAUAUUCAAUAUUUUGUCUCAUAAAGUUUCAGCACAUUGAUUCUAAAGCAGGGAAAGACACUAAAACAAAGAAAAGAGGGAAAACAGGUUCUAGGUUUCUGCAGGGGUACCAUUCUAUGAGGACUACUUUGAAAUCCAUAGGAAGGCAAAUGGAGAUAGAAUUUUUAACUUUGUUCUGAUUGAUGGCACAUGGAGCAAUUCAGCAGCAAUGUUCAAGCGUCUAAAGGAGCAAGCCAAGUUGAUUUGGGGAGAAGACCUUCCUUGCAUAUCUCUUGCCACAGGUGCAUCUGCAAUGCAUAAACUUCGGGCAGACCUCAACCAUCAUGGGAUCGCACAUGUACGGCAGCUGCAGCCAUUGGCCUCCUUGAUGAGCUACAGUUUCUUCCAGAAUAUAGCUCCUUUGGAUUGGAUAAGCAAGCUGAAGCAUUGGAGAAUGCCUUAGUUGUUCUACUUGAAGCACUAACUGCUCGCCGCCUUCGGAUGGGCAGGUCCAUCACUCGUAGAGUUAGAUACAGUAGUAACAUCUGUUGAUGGGACCAAUGAGCUCAUGGUAAGGGAUCAAGGCCACUCCAUCAAUCUAGGUAUGGACCUUGUACAUACAGUUGUUAUGUACAGUCUUCUAUCUGGAAUAUUGUAAUUUGGUCACUUCAAAUGCUUCAACAAUUGAGUGAUUUUCAUGAGUGUGGUGUCCAAUUGUUAGUUUAGCCCCAGAUAAAUGCGUGGAACAUGCAGAUCUGGUUUCAGUUUAAGCUGUGCAGUUAUUGUCUCAGCCAGUAAAAUCCAGUUUUUGUUGAUAGUUUGGCACCCAUUUCUUGUCCAUUUUUAGACCAAUCCUUGAACUUUUUCUCACAUUAACAUCCCGUUGAUUUCUUUGUCUCUACAUGUUUCUUUUGUGGCUUCAAGGGGGAUUUUAACCACUAACUGAGAACCAACAUUGCAGUGACCAGCAGGACCAUCUGGACAACGGUUCUGACAGCCUACUUUGUCAUCCAGAACUUCGAUACGGUUAACAUUCGUGACCUUGUUAGCAAAGUCAUCCUUCCUGGGUUUUUUCUUCCCAGGAAUAUUGAUUCUGCUUUAAUGCACUUUAAGACAUCAUCCGGGUUUGACAUCUGAAACACCUGUAGAAACAAUCUGUCUGCCUUAAAAUGAUGAGGAAGACUGUAAAGGGUAAAUGGUAGAAUCCAUAGAUUUCACAGAACUCUCCAUCUGAAAAUUACGGCAAAUCGGUAUUUAUCUUUGAAUAUCUAGUUUCCAAAAUAAGGAAAUUAUCACCGU